AUGAUGGUUCCAGCCAAACAGGGACUUAUAGUCAACGUUUCAUCGCCAGGAGGAUUAAGAUAUGUCCUUAACGUUCCAUAUGGCGUUGGAAAAGCUGCAGUAAGUCGCACAAGUGUGUGCUCUUCAAAAAGAAAUCAAAGUCCAUGGCUCAUUUGUGCGGGCAUUCAGCGAAAUAUUUUAUUAUUCAUUCGAAGUAUUUCGCCGUUUCUGAUUGGCUCCAAUCAAGUAGUACUUACCAUAUUUGGAAGAUGCGAUCAAUAUACCAUAGAUUCGAUGGCAUAUUUUGAUUGGGAACGAGGUUGAUCGAUGGUAUAUUUGAUUAGGAAAGAGAAUCUGCUUGGGCACAAGUGAACUAUAAAAAAUUGGCGUUCACGGCCAUGACGAAAUAGCCGAAUUUCUGACUUGAAAAAAUGCCAAAAUACGUAAAACAAAUUGCUUGAUGGAUUUUAUUUACUUUUUGAAGAGUAUCUGCAAGAUAAAACAUUCUGUUUAUACCCUGGAACCGUUUCGAGUAAUAGGCCAAAGUUUUGGAGAAAAUCUACGAGAAGUUGUUAAGCAGAAAUUAUUUGAAUGAUGAUAAAACAAUUAUUUAAUUCGGCUAUCGUAUGAUGCGAAGAAUUAUGCAGAUCUCGGCCGUUAGCCUCGGUGGAUAACAUCCACAUUUUACACGGUUUAUUUGCGUUCAUUUUUUUGUUGUUUUUCAGUGUGAUCGAAUGGCCGCAGUCAUGGUUGUGGAGCUGAGGGAACAGAAUGUGGCCUGCGUUUCGCUUUGGCCUGGAGCUGUGUUUACUGAACAAAUCAAAGACCUUAUCUUUCAGCCAGAAAAUGAGAAGGUAAUUUUGGGAUUUGAUACAAAGACUACUUCUACAAUUCUACUGUUUACAAAAAAACGUUACAAAACGCGGAGGUAUAAAAUCAGCAACAUAAUUAUAAGAAACCUACACAGGGUGUGGGAAAGGCACUUAUGUCACAAUCUUGUAAGUUUCAAUUUCCAAAAAAUGCGUUAAUUUGCUAAUAAUUGCCCCAAAUAAGUCUGAAGCUCCCUUUAUCCAAAAAGCGCUUUCGUCUGAGUAGAUCGAGAUUAACCACGGCAACUACGUACGCAAAGGGUACGUUUCAGUGAACAAGAUUUUGUAUUUCCUGCGUCUGGAAAUUUUUGGUACUUGCCGUUUAAAAACAGAUGCGUUAAUCCGAAAUAAAGUUGUCCUGGUUUGUUCACGUGUCCCGGGAUUUUGAAUUCGGAAUCUAAAGUGAGCAUAUUUUUUAUUCGAAUGAAUGUUCUCAGAUAAACUGCAUGUGUGUAAACGUCUGCCAAACCAAAUACCUUUCAUGUGAUAAGUAAAUUUGUGAGAGAGAGAGACCUCACUCGCGUGAAAACCACAAAAGCGCUCCUUAACAAGUAAGCGCUAUUAACUAAACUUUUUAUAAUUUUUUUUUCGUAGUCAGUCAUAACACCUGACUUUUUCGUCAAAGCCGAGGAUGCAACAUUUUCAGGCAAGGCAGUAGCUUGGCUUGCUGCAGGUAUCAUUUCAGUCGCUUUAAAUUAACUAAAAUUAAUUUGAAUACUUAAUUAUCCACUCCCCUUAAGGGCUUUUCAGGGAUGAUAAAACAAGCAAUUAAAUGGAACAUGUCAUGGUUAUUAGGAAUCCCAGCUGGUAAGAUGGGCAAACCAGCUGACUCUUGACAAGCUCAGCCGAGGAUAUGAACUCGGGAAGGGAUGGGACGGGGCUAGGGCUCGAGACUUCCGGAUUACAAGUACGGCGCUGUAACCGCUCGUUCACGCUACCUGCUAUAUAUUUUAAAGUAUCUUUUAAUGCUCAAGUUAUGUAAUACAAAAAGCAUUUGUAAAACACAACGAUUUGUGGGCAUGAGAAAAAAAACUAGGUCUUCGGUGUGAUUUGGUUCAUAUGUCACUGGCUUCUACAUAAAGUAUCUUGUCAGCCUUAUCACUUUAUUUAACUCCUACACUGUCAAAUUAAGUGCAAAGAUUAGCUAAAUGUCCAUAGAUCGUUUUCGUCGACGUCAAAGUAGCCGUUAAAGCAAUUUCCUUGCCGUUCAACGACAACGUCGGCGCAAAAUACUUUAGUACCAAACUUGGCCAAGCUUCAAAACUAUACUCCCAAGUAUUGCACCUUAGCAAGCGGUAUGGUCAUGUGAUAAAAGGUCAGCGGAUUUCCUUAAUUUGACAGCUGUCAAUGACUUUAAUUUAACAUACUGUAAGAGAACGAUAGCAUUACAUUUUCAUUUCCAUGUGGCCGUUUUGUCAGGGCAAUUAUAAUUUACAUUUCAUGAAGCAGCUUAACGCAGGGAAACCACGACGGCAAAGAGGCAACGAGAACUCAAAAAAAUAAUAAUUUGCAAAAGUAAUUUGUUAAAGACGAAAAACGGCAGCUCUGCAUUUGGGCAAUUUGCAUUACAAAAUUUUUGUUACGCUUUCGCCUUGCCGUCAUUACUUGUCUACGAAGUGAAAUGACGACAUUAAAUUGUUUAUGGCGCGCGAAAUCACAAGAUGGCGUAUUUCUUUUCCUUUUAUUUUCCGGAAGUCGAGUUUAGUCGUUUUCGCCCGCUUUCCGGUCGCCAAAUGACGUUCGCGGUCUGUUGCUAAAUCAGCCUAUUAGUACAGGUACUGUUGUCCUCUCAUCCGCAAUGUUACGAACAUAACCACCCUCUCGCGCGCAAGUAUCGUCCCUCUUGCUUUCCGUUCUUGCUCGCACCUACGUUAGUUUAGUGGGCCUGUUACUCAGUCAUAGGCGUCCUCUUACAUUAGGCUGAUUCAGCAACAGAACGAGAACGUCAGUUGGCGACGGGAAAGCGCGCAGAAAGGACUACACACGACUUCCGAUGCCCAAUUUGCCGCUCUACCAUUGGUCAAGCCUGUUGUUUGAUUUGCGCGCGCCGUUGUCAACUGACGUUCCCGUUACCGUUGCUAAAUCAGCCUAUUAACAUUUACUACGCCUAUGCCUAGUACAUACUUGUAAUUCUGCCUCUGGAUUCGUCGUAUCUCAAUAAAGUAUCCACUAUUCUAUGUGUGACAGUACCAACUUUUGCGCUAAGUUUAAAUGUUUUUUUACUCUUUUAGGAGUCCAGCCAGCGUCAUAUCGUUAA